UCCCGCAUUACGGAAUGGCCAUGUCCCGGAAAGAACGGGAGCUACGGGUCGCCUGCGGAAGGUCCCUUGGCAAUGGCAAUCCUCGACCUUGCGAUCAUCCAACAUUUGUUUUUUUGGCAGGUGCCCAGACGUAUUGGCCUCAGGGCAGGUCUUUGGACGAAGUCUAUACAAAGAACAGUGCGGUACAGGGUUGCGGGGCUUUAGCCAAUCGUUGAACAAAUGCACGGACCAUUUUUUGGAAGUGAUCUGGAAGAGAGAUUGUUUGCGGCCGUCAAGGCGCACGAUCGCAUAUUCAGAUAGAUGUUAUUGGAGAAUGUUGGAUGUGUAAGAUGUGGGAGUGUUGCUGGCAGAUUUUUGUUCUGGGAUACUUUUGGGCAAUUUUGUGUUGUCCCAUUGUUGUUGCAAAUCUUCCUUGCGAAGGCUGAUUCGGCGGCGAAGGGUUCUGAGGGCGGACCUGCUGAGACUGGUGAGGCAGCAUCCAAGGCUGCUGGACCUUCUGAUCCUGUCAUGAGUCCAACUGAUGUCCUUGAUGAUUGCCACCACAAUGAAUGGAACAAGCGGUUACAAGAACGGCAGGUGCCCACCACUACCACCACCAGGGCCAUCUCCACCAUGUCCACCGCCGGUCGCGCCGGUGGCGCCGGCGUAAAGAGAUCAGAUGCAUUUCGGUCUUCGCUGCUCCAUUUCGAAAUCGAGGCUUUUGUGCGUAUCGGGGGGACUGCGAUGGCACACAUUCAGUGUUUGAUGGGCGGCGUGACAGACCGGACAGGCAUUUUGCCGAAGCCUUCGGCCGACAUGGCCAUGGCUCGAUGGCCUGAGGCUUGUGUCAGGAAGAGAACUGGGCGCAAAGUGCGCUGCAGUGGUCUUCUGAAAGGACUCCAUCGGCUUUUGAGACGUUUGGAUCAGAAACUUCGGCAUCGAGUCCUGUCGCAGAGAUUCACCGAAGCCCAGCGGCAAACGUUCGAGCGAUGGAUGUUAUCCCGCCCAGACUCCCAUCCGCGUGACCGUGACCGACGUGUCAAGGUGACCCAGGUGACCAAAAUCCGGGCGCGAAAAGCACAGAAGGUCUCGUUGGCGGCUGCCUUCCGGCGCAAAGCAGGACUUGCGCAUUUGCAUGGACUGGUGGUGCAUCCUCGAUUGAAGUCGGCUGCGGUGCGCUACUCUGCCGAGGUUACCAUUGACCGUUUGAGGCUCUUGACCAAGGAGCACCACUGCCUGGAGGUGGUUCAGGGUUUCCGUUCGGCGCUGGUUGACAUGAAGAAGCGCAUGGAGGGUGUGGGCCAAGCUGCUUUUGAAGCGAGAUUCCGAGAAGUGCUUGCAGCCUGUUUGGCAGAACACCAGCUACAGCCUCGCGCGAUGGGUCUCCGAUUCUGCGUGCUCUUGGGAUCACUGUGGCUCCCCAGGCCGCUGGCAACGCCUCCGUUUCUGGCUGAGGGCCAGGCCUUGGACGCAGGGCUUUGCGCUUGGCGCCGCCUUGGAGAGGCCCGUGGCCGAGUGCUGCGGCGUGGCUCGGUGCUGCAGGUUCAGAGUCCCGACGAGAUUGCUGCCACCUGGUCGCGCGUGCGUUGCGCCUACUUGGACGCUGUGGCAGCAAGCAGUGCUGGCAACAAACGAAAGGCCAUUGAGGCCGCAGCGCGAUUGCAAGUCUUGGAGGCAGCGCAAGCAGGCCAACGAGAAAGGCAGCUGGAACGCUGGAAUCGUCGACGAAUGGCGCAAGAAGAGGCCACGCAACGUCGCAAUCCACGAGCUGGUGCCAAUGAGAUCUUGAAGCGUGUGGAUCAGCUUUUGCAGAUGUGGUCCAGGCAUUCAAUACCAGAAAUGUGAUUUUCAAUGAGAACUAUGCAGGAAGGAGAAGAAAA